AUCGAUUUUUGACAUUUCGAAAAAGCAUGGUAAAAAGAAAAGAAAACAAACUCAAAAUUUUGUAAUUUUACAAGAGAAACUUUAAAAUUUGUUAAAUAUCAUUAAAAAUAUGGGUAAAACUCGUCCACCAAAAAAGAAGAAGCUUGAAAUAGUCUUUAAUCCCGAGAAAAGAAAAGACUUCUUGACUGGUUUUCGUAAACGUAAAAACGAGCGUCGCAAGAAGGCCAAGGAACAACUAGAGAACACACUCAAAGAAGAACGUAAACGAAUCCGUAAAGAAAUCAAAGAUGGACUAAGUCAUUUGAAGAAAACUUUCGAACCACUGAAGGAAUUAACCGAACAAGAUAAAGUCGAAGAAGAGUACGAAGACGACGAUGUGAAAGUUAAAAUUGUUGAACUAUCAACAAGUGAUUUAGCAGCUCAGAAUAAUCUCAUCGGAGAGAAUCGUGGAGCAGUAAGUGAGUCCGAAGAAGAAGAACCGGAAUCAGAUGAAGAGGACCAAGGAGAUGCUUUGGCCACAAUUCCUGGCAUGGAUUUGGUAGAGAAAAAGACCAAAGCCAAAUCUCCCAAAGAAAAGUCAUCGGAAAACAAAAAUAAAUUAACCAACAAAGAGUUGAAAAGUAAAAAAGAUGUCGAUCGGUUAAAGAAAACUAAAACGUUUAACAAAUUGAAGAAAAGUAAAGCGUUUAAGAUGAAAGAACGUUUGGAUAAGAAAGUCAAUCAGAAGAAACUUCGAAGGGACAGGAACAAUACACUGAAGAGUUUACCGAAGAGUGGUAUAAGGAAGUUGAAAAAGAGUCAUCCCACCAAAUUUAAUAAAGGAAGGAUGAUGAGUAGAAAACAGAGAAGAGAAAAGAAAAACUAGAUUUUUUUUAAAAUAAAAUAAAGUAGAUUUUUUUAACAUA